UUGCAGCCAGUGGGCCUGGCGUCACACCAGCACAUCAGUGCAAGGGACAAGCCGUUUGGAAAGGAGAAAGCAGCUAAAUCAUACUGUCAUCAUAUACAUGCAAAGAACAUGAUGUGGCACUAGAUCAAAUUUCAGCCUGUGUUGCCCUAAUACUGCUCACUAACGCAGUUGUAUUAGAACCAAGUUGGUAAAAAAACACACACAUUCUGCUACCAUUCAGGCCUUCUGCUGUCUUGAGUUUUGUCUUGCUUUCGUUUUUCGAUUUAAUUGAGAUAAAGCACUUCCAAGAGAUUUGAUUGGUAGGGCUAAGCCUUGGGGAGCGUCUGUGUAAGGCCACUCUUCCGAACCCCCAACCUGGCAGCUAUAGGCUAACGACACCCCCUAAGCUCAGCUCUGCUCAGUCCAACUCAUCUCAGCACACCAUAUACAACAACCAAAAGGAGAACCAGGAAAAACAACAACAACCACCCUUCAAGAACCAAGACUUGAUCCAGGCUUUUCCUUUGGAGGAGACACAUCUUGCCCCGGGGAGUACGGGAAUAUGACUGCAGAGUCCCUUAACUUCGGUCCAGAAUGGCUCCGUGCACUAUCUCGAGGGGGGAGCGUGACGUCUCCUCCUCCAUCCCCCGCCAUGCCAAAGUCCAAGCUGGCCGAGUACCGCUACGGCCGCGAGGAGAUGCUAGCACUUUAUGUCAAAGAUAAUAAGGUUCCAGAGCAGCUGCAGGAUAAGGAGUUUGGGCCCGUGCUACAGGACCAGCCCCUGCAGCCUCUGGCCCUCGUGCCCCUCACUGAGGAGGAGCAGAGGAACUUUUCCAUGUCUGUGAACAGCUCGGCAGUGCUGAGGCUCAUGGGAAAAGGAGGCGGGGCUGCUCCUGUGGGAGUGGCCAGAGGCCGUGGGACUGUUCGAGGAGGAAGAGGGAGGGGCCGAGGCGAGGGCUUCUACCAAAGAGGCCCGGAGGAAGGGGAGGUGGGCUUUGGACGCAGCCGAGAGGUGCACCGCAGCCAGAGCUGGGACGUCGACAGGUAUGACCCGUUGCGGACACCACGCACGGGCAACGACGGGGCAACAGCCCCACCUGACGCACCAGACCCCCACCACCCUGCUCCCUACUCAUUGGCAUCAGGGGAGCGGCGCUUCGAGAAGCCCCUGCGAAGGGAAGGCGUGCGGGUGGCCUUCGAGGAGGCGGGCGGCGUGGGGGCACGGAAGGACUUCUCGCGCUCCGACAGCGAUAACUGGCGCACCCUCCGGGAGCAGCAGCAGGAGGAGGAGGAGGAGGGAGGAGUAGCAGAGCCCCCCGGAGGCAGCUGGAGGACUGUGGGAGGCAGACGCGAAGACGGGGGUCCGCGCUCGGCAGGCUGGCGCGAGCACGUGGGUGAGGGUCGGCGUAAGAAGUUCGACUUCGACUUCAGUGACGGCGGCGUCGGCGGCGGGAGGCGGCGCGCGGGCAGCGAUGGCAUGGAGGACGACAGGGACGGUCUGCCCGAGUGGUGCACCGACGAAGAAGACGGGGAGAUGGGCACCUUCGACUCCUCAGGGGCCUUCAUGUGCAUCAAGAAGGGCUCCAGAGAUGCCAUCCCCGAGGACCAGGAGCUGGAGUUCGAGGCCCUGGAGGAGGACAAGAGCCCAGAGAGGAGGGAGAGCACCAGGGAAGGAGAAGAGACAGAGCAGGCCGCUCUUCCUGAGGUGAUGUCAGAGAUGAAGACUGGGCCACCCUCCUAUUCCUCCUCUUCCUCUCCCCCGCGUCUCUCCGGCCCUCCCCCUUCCCUGACCCACCCCUCCAUCCUGCACCAAGAGCCCCCACCCCCCACCGCUGCACCCCCCACCAACGCCACUCGGGAGCUCACUGAAGAUGUGUCCCCAACAGGGGGCAGCACUCAGCCCAACAGCACCUCAUCCCAGAGCGCCUCCUCUGCCUCUACACCCGCCUCUGCUGCCGCCGCAGUAGCAGACCUGCCACCAGCAGGGGGUGACAAUGAGGAGGAGGAGCGCAUGAAGCACUUGCAGCAGGAGGCAGAGAAGAUGGUUGCAUCGCUACAAGACACCUCCCUGGAGGAGGAGCGCUUUACGCAGGCCCUGCAUGAGAGCCACGUCGGGGGCGGCGGAGGAGGUGCCAGCGGCCCCUCUCACGCGCACUCACACUCUCACCAGGCUGUCGCUGCUGCCGCCGCCGCCGCUGCUGCCGCUGCGGGCUCCACACACCCCCACACACACUCGCACCCCCACAACACCCCCUCCCACUCCCUAGGCCACCCGGCCAGCGCCCUGCCCCUCUCCCACGAGGCCGCCAUGAAGUGGUUCUACAAGGACCCCCAAGGAGAGAUCCAAGGCCCCUUCUCCACGGUGGAGAUGUGCGAGUGGUUCCAGGCUGGCUACUUCCCCAUGACGCUCCUUGUGAAGAGGGGCUGCGACGAAGGCUUCCAACCCCUGGGGGACGUCAUCAAGAUGUGGGGGCGCGUGCCUUUCUCCCCCGGACCCUCCCCACCUCCCCUCCUGAGCAACAUGGACCAGGAAGUGUUUAAGAAGCAGCUGGAGCAGGUGGCCACCGCCGCACUCUACCAACAGCAGCUCCAGAUGAGAUACCAGCACAUCAACAGCCGAGAGCGGAGUGUGGAGUCUGGCAUGAUGCCUGCUAUGAACCGCUCCAUGUCGGUACCGGACGGAGGCCCCAUGUGGGAUAUGCAUACCUCAGCUUCACAGCAGUCAGGCGGUGAAGCCAGCCUGUGGGACUUGACCAUGGGCAACUUACCUCAGGGGCUCUCGCUGGAGCAGCUGCAGCAGAAGCUUCAGCAGGAGCGGCGUGAGGCCGAACUCAGGGCAAAGCGCGAGGAGGAGGAGAGGAAGAGGAGGGAGGAGAAGAGGAGGCAGCAGGAGGAGCAGAAGAGGAGAGAGGAGGAGGAACUGUUUGUCCGCAAGCAGCAGUGUCGUCAGCAGCAGGAGUUGAUCAUGAAGUUGCUUCAGCAGAGCCAGCAACAGCAGCAGCAGCCAGUGGGCGGAGGCGUGGGUGGUGGGCAGUCGCAGGGCUCGUGCUGGACGUCUGGGCAGGGUAACCCGCUGUCCAAGGCCCCCAAGAACCCCCUGGGGCUGCUGGAGAUGGAGGCAGAGAGGCUGAUCAAGCAGCAGCAGAGGGCCCAGCAGCAGCAACGGGAACGAGAACGAGAACGAGAACGAGAGCGGCAGCAUGCUGGUCUGACGAUGGGCCAGUGGGGUGACGGUGGCAGCAGCGUGGGUGGCAUGUGGGGCUCCGGUGGUCUGGAGGGCAAGGUGUCGUCCGGGAGCAGCAGCGGAGGAGGGGGCAGCAGCGGGUCUAGUGGCAGCUCAAGCGGCAUGGGGCUCUGGGACGAGGCCGUCAAGAACCAGAGUGGGCACCGCGCCAUGGGACUCAAGAACAGCCGCAGCAGCCCCUCACUCAGUGAGCAGUACAUGCUGCGUCGUAAGCAGACGGAGGAAGAGGAGAAGCUGCUGCGUCUGUUGCAGGGGAUGAAGGGCCACCAGCCUCAGGACGGAUUCACCACCUGGAGCGAACAGAUGCUGCACGCGCUCAAUACGCAGGCCAACAACUCAUCCUCCUCUCAGGAAGUGGCCACCAUCGUGGCGUAUCUAAAGGAGGUGGAGUCGCCGUAUGAGGUGCAUGACUUCAUCCGUGCCUACCUGGGCGACACCGUGGAAGCCAAAGAGUUUGCCAAGCAGUUCCUGGAGCGCCGUGCCAAACAGAAAGCUAACCAGCAGAGGCAGCAGCAGCAGCAGCAACAGCAGCUAUCUAAGGAACUCUCUGGUCUGAACAUGAACUACCCUCUGCAGUCCAUGUUCCAGGCAUCCCAGGCGGGGAAGGGUGGCAUGUACGACAGCCAGGCCAACAAGAUGAAGAAGAAGCCUAGCAUGAUGCUGCAUUCCGACCCCAGCAUCCUGGGCUACUCAUUCCUGGGCGCAGGGGAGCGGAUGAUCCUGGGAGAGAUGGAAACGGUGGAGGAUUACUAACCCAGCAGAACUUACCUGAGUCUACCGGAGGCCUUAAAACCUGGACUGAACAGCAAGAAGAAUGUGCACUGCUCAGUUGAAAGGGACGGCGAGAGGGGCGGACAGCCUUUUUCUGUGUGUGUAUGUGCGUGUGUGUGCGUGUGUGUGUGUGUGUGUCCUCUCCACCCUUCACAUCUGUCUUUUUUUCUGUCAUCUGUGUCGCUGAGGAUCCUUUAAGCCUUGCCUUAUUUGUGUUCAUUCACAGAAUGCUUAAGCCGCUAGCACAUAGUGCUACAGGACGCCUCAUGUCCCAGCAUCGAGACGUGUGAUGUGAUGUGAUGUGAUGUGGGGCCACAGUUGGUUAACGUGGGCUGGGGAAACUGGCUUUCAGCCCUCACAAGCACGGAGCAGACCGCGCUUGUUGGUGAUUCGAUUCGGUGGCAGAUUGUCGGUUUUGUGCAGGGUGUGGCGAACCGCGGUGGAGUUUGUGGAAGGUGUCGGUCAGACAUUUUAAUGUCUCUAGUAGAUCCCAUGGGUUGUGUGUGUGUGUGUGUGUGUGUUUGUUUGCUUGGGUUGUAAAGCCCCCUGCCCUCCCCUGAGCAAGAGUAAAGAAGAGUAGAGGAGGAGUGAAGCGUGGUGAAGCUGUCACAGCAGCCAACGCUACACUCUCUACACUAAGCACCUUAAGAACUUGACGCACUUUGUUACAAUUUUUUCAAUUUCAAUAUUUGAAAUGGAAGUUUAUCUAAUUUUUUUUUUCCUUUUCUUUUGUCUUUUGUUUUUGUUUUUUACGAUGGAAACUGUGUGAAUAUUUUUCUGUUGCAUAUAUUAUGUGUAGAGUAUUCAUGUACACACACAUUUGUGUGAGUAUGUAUAUAAUUAUAUAUAUACGAUUUAGAAAAGAAAACAAACGUCAGAGGUAACUUCUGCAGUUUAAAGUCUUGGAAAGAUCAAGGAUGAGAAUACAAGAAAUGGACGUCAAGUCUUUUUUGAUGAGUCGGCAGAAAUAUUCAAUUGUUCUUGAAAGGAGAAAACACUGUUGUAUUUUUUCAUGUUCAUAUAAAAGGUAGAGCUAUUAAAAAAAAACUUUUUUUUAACUUGAAGAAUUGCACUUGUUUAGAAAAACAAACAAAAGAACAGAAAAAAGUUAGCGUUAGGUUAGGGGCUUGAAAGACAUAUUUUUAUGAUCCCAGGUGUGAUUGUGAGUUUGAAUGUGUCGGAUGAAGAAUUCUGCACAACUGUUUUUUAUACCAACAUGUAUAACAAAAUGCCAUGUUUUUAUUUUGUUCGUAUGAUAAUUUUGUACUUCAUUGAGCAUAUAUAUAUACUGGUGCGCGUGUAAGUGAUGAAAGUGUGAAUGUUUGCGAUUUCAAGAAUGAGUGUGAUUUCAAGAAUGAGUGCAAAAAGAAUGUUUGCAAUCAUUUUGUACGUGGUUUCUGAAAGAGUGGAAAAAAAAUACAAAACAAACAAACAAACAAACAAAAAAAACAUUGGAGAGGGCAGUUAAAAAUGUUAUUGCCAGCACUAAGGCGUCCGCCUCAGCAGAAGGGCUGGUUGAGGUAUUCACUCUUCUUUUGCCAUUGGUGCUGUGUUGCUCUGUCUCUCUCACUCUCCCCUCUGAUUGGACAGUGAGAGUUAAGAGCCAAGUUUGAUUGGUUGCUGAAAAAAAAAAGAAUCUAAUCUUUUUGCGUGUUAACUGCUCCGUUGUAUCUCUCUUUAAUUCAUUAUUAUAAAACUGCAUUACGUGCCCCACCUCCACCCCCCUCUCCAUGCCACUCAUAGUGUGUUGCUGAGAUCCUCUCUGCCUGGUGUCUAUCCCAGGAUGGAGGUGGAGGCGAGGGGAGAGAGAGGGAGGGAGGGCGCAUCCAGAUGUGAACUAUUUGCCUUUAACUCUAGUAUGAGUUCGGAAUUCUGAUUGGCUGGUUUACACAGUCGUCAUCGCGCUGUGAUUCUGUGUGAUGGUGUUGCCGUGCUAAGUUACUUAUUUUUGUUGAUGUAUAGGAUUUAUUUUUGUAUUGUUGUAAAACACAAAGUGAAAAAAAGUAUUUGAACUGUAUGAUUUGGAGCACUUUAUGGCUGCUACCUUAUUGUAUUUUUGAAAAUUGUUCUUUUUUUGUCAUUUUUUGUUUCUAUUAUUAUGUUCGUUUCUUAUUUUGUUUUGUUGUUUGUUUCAUGUCUAAUGUUUGAAUUGCUUGCCUCUGCGGGAAGUGGAUUAUGAAUGUAUGAGAAAAAUAAGUAUCUAAUGUAUAACAUGAUAAAAACAGAUGUUUCAGCAAGAUUAUAACAAAAAGAAAACAAAUAUGUCUGGGAAGAAGAGCUUUUUUUCUUGGAGGACAAAAAAAUGACUUCAAACCUAAACGCAAGUAGAAUGAAAAACUGAACAAGGAACAUGCAUGGACUCUGCGCACUGCCUUGUCAUACCUGUUCUUCCAAGAUUUCCAUAAGGUUCUGUUUGUGUUUAAUGUCUCUUCUUUUCGUUGUUUUAUUUUUGUUGUACGUUUGUUCUCCCCUCAAAGAAGCUCUUGAGAGAGUGCGUUGAGAGGUGUGUGUGUGUGUGUGUGUGUGUGUGUGUGUGUGUGUGUGUGUGUGUGUGUGUGUGUGUGUGUGUGUGUGUGUGUGUUGUCUGUCCUGUUGUGAGACUAUUCUCUCAUGGACGCGUGGAGAGCUCGAGUGAACACAGGCGUGCUCCUGUCCUGUGUUUAUUUGCUCCAUCUUUUUUUGCCUGAGGCUCUGCGGCCUACGGAGCUACACUAUAGCCUAUGGAGCUAUCAUGCACAUCAGCAAAAAGCACCCAACCCCAACCCUACUUCCCUCCUGAAAAACAAAAAAGGGGGGGCAGUUUUUUUGUUCACAUUUUUAUCAGUUGUUUGAGCGGAGGGAUGAUAUGCAUCGGUGGCCCAGUCUUCACGAAGACACCGUGGAGAGUCGAACAGUGGAAGUUGAUCGGUACUUGAUUUCUUUUCUUUUUUUUCUUUUUGUCUUUUUUGUGAGACUAAGGCCCCCAAAGCAGCUGCUUUUUAGCAUUGUUGUCCAGCUUGCUCUUGUGCUGGGAUGUACAUAUUUGGAGGACUUGGACUAAAGUGAUAUUUUUGGGACACUGGGGGUUGUAUGUGCCCUAUGACUUGUGCAAUGAGCAACCAUUCAUUGCCUGUGCUGACCAUAUGAAAGGGGCUAUCAUUUCAACCAAUGACGGGCAGAAUUGACCAUGCAUCACUUUUAAGUUCAGAAUGGACGGAGGGGUACACUGUCUGUCAUUCUGUUCCAUCAACUUUUUUCUCUUGUUUCCCCUAUGCUCUCCUAAGGGAGAACUGUCAGCAUGUCUUUGGUUUUGAAAGCAACAUGUUUUUUUGCCACAGAAGAUACCCCUGCAUAGAAUGAAGGAAUUCAGUUCAGAAGAAUGCUUGUGGGUGGUAUAGGUAGUUGCCCACAAAGGAAACACCGGAUGGCUUUUACAUAGCUCAUUGAGCAAGGAGAACCUGAUUUGAGUUGCUUCUGGCAGUGAUGCUUUGCUGUUUUUUUUUUUCUUUUUGAUUUUUCUUUUCUUUUCUUUUACCAUUCUUGAAUGUUUCGGAGAGAGAUGUGGGCUGUGGACUCUUGCAAAGAAACCCCAUCUCGCCCUCCUUCACUAACAUGGGACACAUGUUUGUAAAUGGACAGCUACCCACACCUCAUCCCGCUGCCCCACCCCACCCCAUCCCUCUCAGCCCCCACGCCCCACCUCAACCCUUACAAGCCCCCCAGCUCAUUCCUGACGAGGAUGAGGAAAAUGUUAUGAAGUCUAGGAAUGAAAAUAAAGACCAAGAGAUCCACAAAAGGACAGUGACCUGCCUUCUCUUGCAUACCGUGGGACUGGUCGGCCUGAUUCCCUUACUCACUCAAGGAUCAAUCUCAUUGGCUAACUGCUGAUGUUUUGACCAAUGGGACACACUCUGGAAAGAGCAUACGGAAGUGUGAGCAGCGUCAGACGGGUCGGAUUCCGAAUUCACCGUUUAUGGAACAUGGUGCUGUGGACAGAUCCUUCAAAGUGAAUGUGGACCAUUUUUUUUACAAACGGAACAUUUGAUGACUGGCAAUACACUGAUUACACACACACAAACAAAUACAAAGACACACACACACGCGCACACACACAUUGCACACAUACACACACACACAUACACGAAACAAAACUUGGCACAGGAUGCCGUGUAAAUAAUGUUAAUGCUUUUUUUUUGUCCUGACUUGGGUUUUUGUUCUUUGAUGAUUCUUUUAACAUGCCUUAACUACAACAACAUAGAACUGCCAUAGAGAUGGUUGUAACUUGUGUGUUGUGUGUCCCACCCAGAAGACACACGUGCAAAGAAAACACUUUUGGAAAUGCGAACGCCCACAUGCCUAACUAAGCAUCUUAACCAACAGGAACAUCGGGCCGGGGAUGUUGCUUAGCAUGUCUUUUGCUCUUGUGACUGUGGGCGAAGUGGUAGAGAUGGCCUGUCAUUUUUUCUCAUCAUUAAAAAUACAGUAUAUGAAGUCAAUGGGGAGAGAGACACCUCAGAGGUGCUGGUAGAUGAUGCCAUGACGUGCUUGUGCAGUCUGAAUGUCACAGCAAGUGGAUAUUUUUUUCCUCUCCUUUUUGUGAACUCUAUUGAUAAUAAUAACUAUUAUUAUUAACGUUGGCAUUUAUAUAAAGUUAAAAUAAGAGACCACUACUCGACAGGUCUAUCUGUAGUAGAAAGAGUCGAUUCAAUUCCAUUUGUAAAUGAACAUGGUGUGCUGAGGCAAGGGCAUAGGCUUUUCCUUUGAGAUCAAGAAAUGUUAAACAUAAAUAAACAUUUGUUUUAAACCUUCA